AGAACAAAUCUUUUCCAUUGGAGGGUGUCGCCGAUUUGAAACCCUCUGUCUAGCGUUAAUUUUGUGCGUUCGAAAGCACACACUUUUACGUGGAACAGCGGGUGAAGUCUCCCGGUCAGAAGCUUCCCGCGACUUUUUUUGAGAGAGUCUUCUGGCCGAUCUGAGCACAGGUAGAUGAUUGUGCGGUAGAUCUCACCUUGAAACUGUCUCGAACUUUCUUUUUUUCCGACGAAAAGAAGCGUUUCUCUUUGUUCUUUUACGCACCGAACACAGUUCCUCUCCACGUUGCUUCCCCAUAUCCACAAGACACGCCGUGGGUAUUCCCGUGGCGCCACCAAGCCCCGCGCGUUUGUGUGAGAGAGUCGCUGCUGCGAAGAACUCCGUUCUCGCACCUGCCUUUUUGCAGUGUUCUGCGGGAAACUGAGAAUUUUCCUGAAGCCACCAAGGGAACCCUUCCCUUGCUAGCGUCGUUUCUGCGCAGAUAUCUCGGCUACACGUCUACCACCCACCGGGCGUCUUGCAAGGUCAGGACCGUACACUGCCUGCAGUUCUCAGAGCCUCGCAGAACUAGCUGUUUCCAGAAUCGUCCUCACCAUGGCAAUGCCUUCUUGUCCUCCACAGUCCGCGUACCCGCAAGCCGCGGACUCCACCGCGUGGAACUCUCAGCAAGGCUACUACAACCCGCAACAGUACGCUGACCAGGAGAGCUGUCAGGGAAGCUGGCAUCCCCAAGAUAGUCUCUCCGCGCAGCAUGUUGCGCAGCCAACGCCGCAAGGACCGUCUCCGAACCAAGAGCAACUUCGUCAGCAGUACGAGCAGAUGCAGCAAAUGUACGAGCAACAGUGUGCUGAGCAAGGGUGGCGCGGGCAACAGGAGUCUUCCGCAUCCCCAGAAAUGUCUUCUCCGGCCAACAGCGUGUACCUGCCACAGCCUGCGAUGUACGGGCACAUGACAAAACCGAUUCCUCAGGUACCCUUCCACCCGGGCUACCAGUAUGCGCCAGGAAUCAGUGUUCACUACAACUACUAUGAAGCUGCUGAGUACACGGCUCGACUGGAGAAGGACCAGCAGAAACUCGCUGCGAAGCAGGGCGAGGGGGAAAAGGAGGAGCGAACAGAAAGUGGAGAGAGCCAGCAAGAGCAAGCCUUGAAGCCGCUCUUCACCUCCACGCAGAGACUCGCGUCCGGGCAAACAUCUUGCGGUUUACCUCCGAACUCGGUCUGAGAUAGGAAGACCUUUCAACCCCACACCGUAUCUCACUUUGAGAUUCUUCUUUCCAAGAGAACUCCACGAAAUUGUGCGAGUUCUUGCCAACCGAAAUACCAUGCAAACCUUCAAUUCUCUUUCUUCAAAAGAUGGUACAUAAAACUACCGUUUUCUCAGUCGACUCUCUCAGUCGCACGGUGCUGGAACCUUUCGUUGUCGAAUGUGUUUAGCCACGGGAGAGCGUUCUUCAGAUUUCUACACUUUCCCCAGACGUUCUACCGACACAAGACUCUGAAUGCUCGGUGGUGACAUCCAUCUAAUUCGUUUUUUCGAGAACGCUAC